AUUGUAAUUUUCCCAUUAAAGAAGCUACGUUUUCAGCUUCUUCCAACCGCGAUUCCCCGGCUUUAUAAAUUGACGAUACCGCAAUUCUUUUUCAGAAACAUCACAAUCUCAAUUCAUAAGAACCGCUUUCAAAGACAAGUACAUAACCAAACAAAGCCAAAAUAUAUACACAUUGAAGAAUCACUUCUAGAGAGGGUGUAGAAAGUAAUUUAGAUAUGGAUAAAGAGAAUCUGACGGCGGAGAUGAAUUUCAAAGACUCAACCUCCGCCGUGAUAAAAAUUCGGCGACGGUUGCCGGAUUUACUACAGACGGUGAAGCUGAAAUACGUCAAGCUAGGAUACGGCUAUUCAUGCAACGCUACCACCAUUCUCAUUUUCACUCUCGUAGUUCCUCUCUUACUCUUCCUCGCCGUUCAAUUUCAACUCACCGAUCUGAAACUCGACCGGCUCUCAGAGCUCUGGUCAAACCACACUUUUCAACUUGACGCGGAUACGGCCGUCGGUUCCAUCAUUCUCCUCUUCCUCUUUGCUUUGUACUACGCGAAACGGUCUCCGCCGAUAUACUUAGUCGAUUUCGCGUGCUACAAACCGGAAAAAGAACGGAAGAUAACAGUGGAAUCGUUCGUCGAAAUGUUAGACGAUAGCGGCAAAUUCGGAGAAGAAACACUUCAAUUCCAACGCAGAAUUUUAUCAAGAGCAGGUUUAGGCGACGAAACGUCUCUACCGAACGGAAUAACUUCCCGUCCGCCAAAUCUAUGUAUGGAAGAAGCGCGUUCAGAAGCAGAAUCAGUAAUGUUCGGAGCAUUAGACGCGCUUUUCGCUAAAACAGGUGUUAAUCCAAGAGAUAUCGAUAUUCUUGUAGUGAAUUGUAGCUUAUUCAAUCCAACGCCUUCGCUUUCUGCUAUGAUUGUGAAUCAUUAUAAGCUCAGAACUGACAUAAAAAGCUAUAAUCUCGGUGGAAUGGGCUGUAGUGCAGGUCUUAUUUCGAUCGAUCUUGCGAAGGAUCUUCUGAAAGCGAAUCCAAAUUCGUAUGCAGUGGUUUUAAGCACUGAGAAUUUGACAUUGAAUUGGUAUUUCGGAAACGACCGAUCAAUGCUUCUUUCGAAUUGCAUUUUUCGAAUGGGUGGUGCUGCUAUACUGUUAUCGAAUAAACCAUCGGAUUUUACUCGGUCUAAGUAUAAGCUGGUUCACACGGUUCGAACUCAUAAAGGAGGUGAUGAUAAGAACUAUAACUGUGUUUAUCAGAGAGAAGAUGAGAAUGGGAAAGUCGGUGUUUCGUUAGCCAGAGAAUUAAUGGCGGUUGCUGGUGAUGCUUUGAAAACAAACAUAACAACAUUGGGUCCAUUGGUUUUGCCAUUUUCUGAACAGUUUAUGUUUUUUCUGUCGUUGGUGAGAAGAAAAGUGUUGAAAGGUUCGCGUGUGAAGCCUUAUAUACCUGAUUUCAAGCUUGCUUUUGAGCAUUUCUGUAUUCAUGCUGGUGGAAGAGCUGUUCUUGAUGAGAUACAGAAGAAUCUGCAACUGAGUGAGUGGCAUAUGGAGCCGUCGAGGAUGACUCUGCAUCGAUUCGGGAACACGUCGAGUAGUUCUCUGUGGUAUGAAUUGGCUUAUGCAGAGGCUAAGGGGCGCGUCGCGAAAGGGGAUCGGGUAUGGCAGAUUGCGUUCGGGUCGGGUUUUAAAUGUAACAGUGCGGUGUGGAAGGCGGUGCGGGACUUGCCGGUGGUCGGAGAUUGGAGGGGUAAUCCUUGGGAUGAUUCUGUUGAAAAGUAUCCUGUUAGUGUGCCUGUUUCUGUUAGUACUUGAACUUUGUAAAACAGAAUUGUUAUAUUUUUUUCUUCUUUUUUCUUUGGGUGGUUUGUUGUUAUUAUUAGUUGUUAAUUCAAUGUAACAAAAAAAAAGUAUAUUAUUAAUUAUUGUUAUUAUUUUAUAAGUACUUGUGAGUUAGUACAUCAUUGAUUAAAUGUGAUUGAUCAUAGUUUAUGUUC